AAUGUGGAUCCAGCGGUGCUUGAGAAGAGGCGCCCAAAUAAGCUGCUCCCCCUUCGGGAGCUGCAGCCCCCAAUCGAAGCAGCAGCAGCUCCGUUCCGAGCUGCAACCGGGCUCCUCUCCGAGCCGCAGUCCGCAAUCGAAGCGCUUCCCGUUUCAAAUCGCAAUCCGCAAUCAAAGGAGUCCUUCCCGGGCUACAAUCAGAGGCAAGUCCGCUUCCGGAUUCCUCCUCGUAUUUGUGUACAUAGAAUCUUCGAUAUUUAGACGAGAGUUUCCAUAGCAGCUAUACACGGAUACGGAGUAGCAUACUACAGUAUAUAUCUGGGCUGGCGGCACCGCGGUACCCUCCAGGUUUAAGAGGAGACGAGCAACAACUCCCUAGACAACAGUUUUGAGGCAGACCAGCAAGUCGGGCUAUGGGGAUCAGAUCUCGUCGCCGGCGGCCGGCUGCUAGAUCGGUGGCCGAACCCGCCGAACCCAUGGAGAAAGACAAUCAAGAUGAUAGGAUCAGCAGCUUGCCAAACGACAUCCUUGUCAACAUUCUGGACCGACUUAAAGCGCGAGCCGCUGUGAAAACCAAGGUCCUCUCCAGACGGUGGAGUCAGCUUCCUGACAUGCUCCCACGGCUUACAAUCAGUGCUCGGGACCUACGGCCCUCAAAAACUAAAACCAGCAUGUCCAAUAAUGAAUUGUUUCAGAGGUCCAAUGCAGCUGUGGUCAAAGCGACAGAGAGCGUACUGGCACACAGGGAUCUGGGUGGAUGCACCAUCGACCUGUUGAGCACGACGUUCUACUUGAAAGAUGAUGCCCCCAUAUCCAUUGGGCGUACUGUUGGCAAUGCCAUGGCAACACAUAAGAUUGAGAAAGUGGAAUUCACUGUUUUGACAGAGAAGGAGAGACAAGAGUGCACUUUUGAUGAUAUGGAGAAAUAUGGGACACGGUUUGUGUCAUUUUUCAAUGAGUGCCUCAAUGCGUUUGCUGGUCUCACACGCCUCUGCCUGCAGAAUUUGACAUUUCGUGAAUCUGUCAUUGUCUCCAACAUCCUCGUCACUUGCAAGCAAUUAAAAUAUUUGGAUUUCCACUAUUGCCGCACGGAGGGUUUGAUUCUCGAUGUUGAACACACACAACUCAGUGAGCUCAGCAUUGUCAAUUGCCGUUUUGGCCUGAUCAACCUCACAAUGGUUCCCAAACUCACCCGAUUGGUGUUUGAGUAUUGGACGGCUUACAAAGAACCGCCACUAUCAUUUGGCUAUGUCCCAUUGCUCGAGGUUCUGAGUCUUGCAACUGUUCAUCUUAGUUGGCACAAGAUGGUCAAGUUAAGUACGUUUCUUUACGGGUCCUCUGUUCGAGACCUGAGGUUGUGUUUUAGAUUUGAAAAGAUUUGGGUUCAACCGGAGUGCCUGACCAAAAGGCUGGCAUCUGUGCUCCACCAACUAAGGAUUGUCAAUCUAGUUGACAUUCCUGAAGGGUAUGAUCUUACCUGGACAAUGUUCAUUUUGGAAGCGGCGCCGUCCGUGGAGGAGCUCUACAUGAAGGUAAUGGAUCAUCCUUGUGAAAUGCAUAUGGAUAAGGAGAAGAGGAGGGCGAACUUGUUUAGUGAGAACAAGGGCGUCGAGUGGAAACCACCUGCGUCACACUUCAAGCACCACCGGCUGGCCAAGCUCAUCAUCUUCUGCUUUGAGUCUCUAGACUACAUGGUGAAUCAUGUCAGGUGUGUCAUGAAAGCAGCGGUGAAUCUACAGGAUGUGUACCUGUAUAAUAGACUGGCAUGUAACAAGUGCCGUAAUGUGAUGCCUCCUAGGCUGAUAAAGUUCCCGGAGACGGUUAUGGGGAGGCAUUUGGAGGGGAAGCGAUUGACCUGGGGCAUCGAGUCGCCUGCCACAAUCCACUUCCAGAUAACUCCUGUAAUAAGGGCUGAACAUCGUGCUAGGACGCUCUAGUGUUUUCCUUGGAAGAUAGCUUAAGGCUGUUGAGGCAGUAUAUUAUUUGAUGCAUCGGUUGGAUUAGUUAGUCCAGAAGAAAUGGUCUGCAUAUGCUUGACCUGCCAUGGCUCAUGGCGGGUUUUCUUGUUUGAUCUGCUUUUGUAGUUGCAACGCCUUGGAUAAUUAAAUUGUGAUACUUUGUCUGAAUCGAAAAUUCAUUCAGUUAUCGAGUUAAACUUUGAACCAA